UCUCUCUAGCCUAUAGUCUAACUAUGGACACUGAAGAACUGAUUCUGUGUACUCACUGGGUUAAGAAAACAUGUACAAUCCCAACGUUUCCAUCCUCCAGUCUCUGUAAAGAGUCUCUUUUAAUGUUUUUAUGCAGCAAUAAAGAGGUGGCAAAGGCAAACUAUGACCUCCAUGAACCACACUGUAAGAGGUUUCUGUGUAAAUGCCCUGACUGCAAUGACACUAUCCCUCGAGAUCAGCUGGAGGAGCAUAAAACCGAACAGCACGCACAGGUAAAAUGUAAGAUGUGCAAUAAAAAGAUGGAGCGAAGGCAUUUGUUGGACCACGAGAAAGACGAGUGCCCUGAAAGGCCUCAGAUCUGUGAGUUUUGUCAGCUCGAGCUUCCUCUGAGCAACCUGAAAGAGCACAGAGUGUCCUGUGGGAGUCGGACCGAGCUCUGCUCCGACUGUGGCCGGUAUGUCAAACUGAUGGACCAGCUUGAUCACGCUCAGAUCUGCUCAACUACCACUCCAACAACAUCAAAGGACCUUGUCCCUGAAGAUGAUGCAUCUGAGACUGACGAGCCGACCAUGUUGCAAUGUCAGAAUUGUCUGAGAUACAUUUCCUCAGACAAACUGAAGGAUCACCGGCUGGGUUGCAACCAGAUUUUACAGAAUGCAGACUACGAGGAUGAUGACUCGGAUGAAAAUUUCGAAGCUGGAAAUGCCAGUGCUCCAGGCGCUGCAGAUUUCUCCUUUUCAACAUUGCAAAAGACAAAGAGAGACAAACACAUUGACAUGGACCUGGAUAAGAUAAGCAGCUGUCCGCUCUGUCAUCUGGCUCUUCCUGUAAAGACACUCGAGUGGCAUGAGAAAAAAUGUGAAUUAUACAAACAUCUAAACCUGGCAUGAUGGCUGGAGAAAGCUAAGCUAAAUGUGGUUGCUGGAAACUGCAAACUCAUCAGUCAUCACAAAUAAUAAUAAAGAAAAUUUAGUUGUGGAAAUAACAUACUGAAGUAUUUUGAAGAUACAGUAACUAAAAAAAAAAGUUUACAAUGCUUCUGUUGUCUGAUUUUAAUUUGAUAAUGACACUUUAAAAAGUGACUUAUUCGGCCCAGUAAAGCCAAAAUAAUGCAAAAAAAUUUGCGUUGAGUGCAGGUACUUUAUGUUUAUACUUUAUUUUCUGACUACUGACUUUUAACCCUUUUUAUGAUUAUUAUUUGUUUAAAACGUCCUGCAUGUUAAAUCUGGAUUAACCUUGUGUAGUAAAAACUAAAGAUAACAUAAGGCAACCAAA